AUGAAAAAAGUCGAAGCACCUCGCGCAAGUGCCGUUGCCGCAUCAGAUACCGUCGUCAUCGUCGUCGUAGUUGUGGACCAGGAAAAAGUUUAUACUCUACACAGGCGGCUAUUGAUUCACCACUCUGGAUUCUUCCGACGCGUUCUUACCGACGGAGUGAACAUACUUCACCUUCGCGAGCUCUCCAACUUCGUUUUCGGAGAGUUCGACUUCGAUUUCAUCAUCGAUAACUUCGAUGUAUUCGUUGACUGGCUGUAUGAAAGAAGCCUGCCUUCUUGCUUCGACACAACCGGCACGAAAGACACUGAUGUAGAUCCAAUGCUCAGCGUUUACGUACUAGCGCACAAGCUGUCAGUCGGAAGCUUGAAGAACACAUUGAUGGAUAGUCUGUUCGAUUGGCUGUCAGAUGGACGUUACCAUCUCGGAAAUGCCGAGUUCAUGUUUGAGUAUUUACCAGGAGGUGACCCUCUACUCCAGCUUGCUAUAGACGCGUUCUGCUUCAAUGACGGCGUGAAAGAGAUGAGUAAAACCAUCAUCGAGUGGGUUGAUUACCUGCCACAGGAGUUUCUGGUUGGUGUUAUUCGAAGGAUGCAUCACUUCAGCACGCUACCGGAGGCCGAUCGUAAGCUCAAACGCGAAGACUACAACAUCGUUGAGUGUGUGUCAUCUGAGGACAAAGACGGAGAGUGA